CGCACUCCAAAAUCCAAGAGGGCUGACGUUACUUCUUCGCUCAUCUCGGGCGUGUGGUCGGUUUAAGUUUCGGUAGUUAUUAAACUCAAAAAUGAACGUGAUAUCCAGAACGUCAAAUUUGGCACCCUACCUAAAGGCUUCAGUGGCCGCAGUACCAAAUGGUAUAAGACCAGUCGCCGGAUCAGGUAAAGUACAGAAAGAAAAAGUUUCGGUUGGCUCACACGUCGAAUGGAAUACCAGCUACUCUCUCAGUCAGGCAAUUCCUAAGGGACAGCUGCGAGUUCGCUCUGGAAUUUCAGCGAGCGGACCGAUCCAACAAAUUCGAUUCGGACAUACGGAUAUCAGAGUCCCAGAUUUCUCAGCAUACCGUAGAGAUGCUGUGGCUGAUCCAACCGCCUCCAAUCGGGAGAGCGCACCAUCUCGUCAGACCUUCUCUUAUCUAUUUUCCGGAGCUGCAGUGGUAGGUGGUGCGUAUGCUGCCAAGACCGUUGUAACACAGCUGGUAUCUUCUAUGGCAGCAUCCAAGGAUGUCCUAGCCGCUUCUAAAAUCGAAGUAAACCUAUCCGACAUCCCUGAGGGCAAAAGUGUUGUCUUCAAAUGGCGUGGAAAGCCGCUUUUCAUUCGUCAUAGAGGGAAAGAGGAGAUCGAUCGUGAACGAAGCGUACCACUGGCCGAGUUACGAGACCAACAACACGACGAUGAAAGAGUCAAGCGCUCCGAGUGGUUGAUUGUGAUAGGAAUAUGCACCCACUUGGGAUGUGUGCCAAUAGCUAACGCCGGAGAGUACGGCGGUUACUAUUGCCCAUGUCACGGAUCUCACUACGAUGCCAGUGGAAGAAUCAGGAAGGGUCCAGCACCUCUCAACCUAGAAGUUCCCGAGUACGAGUUCGUCGAAGAUACCGUCAUAGUCGGUUAAGGUCCGAAUUAUUUUUCACGGAUCAGUAGCAAAUUGACGUAAAAUAUAAAUGUUAUAACCAUUGCUCGGAAUCAUCUUCGCUGGUAUCGGAGAGACUGUUUUGGCUUACGAUUUUUAAAAUAGACUUAGUAAAUUAUAGCCCAUAUUUGAAUGAAAAUAACCACCACCUUACAGCUGCUCAACGACACCAGCGAUUAUAAUGCCGCCUUAUUUAUAUCAGAAAUAAUCGUCUCGCAGUGGUCGAUCUUCAUUGAUUAACUUGCGACGUGCCUCUAUGUAUCUAUAUCGUUGGACGCGAACGCAAUCCGAACAAAUCGCAGUCAAGAAAGAUAACAUCCUUCAAUUGUGUAACUAAGUUGUACAGAUUCAAAUCUAGAAUAAAAACCAUGAAACAUGAA